AUGGUUGAACCAAUAUUUGAGUAUCAAUUUAGACUUAUUUUGAUUGGGGACAGUACGGUAGGAAAGUCGUCUUUAUUGAAAUAUUUUACUGAUGGCAAGUUUGAAGAAACUUGUGACCCAACUGUAGGGGUGGAUUUUUAUGCCCGCCUUAUUGAAGUGAAGCCAGGAAUCAGGGUUAAGUUACAGUUAUGGGAUACAGCCGGUCAGGAACGUUUCAGGUCUAUAACAAGAUCAUAUUAUAGGAAUUCAGUGGGUGUUAUGAUAUUAUAUGACAUUACUAAAAAAAGUACUUUUGAUAAUGUGAAAGAAUGGUUUGCUGAGGCAAAGAUGCAUAUAGAACCACAUCAAGCAGUUUAUCUGAUUAUAGGUCACAAAGCAGAUAGAGAAGAACAACGUCAAGUUCCAACUCGAGAUGGGCGUCGAUUUGCAGAAAUUAAUGGCUUGAAAUUUUUAGAAACUUCAGCCAUGACCGGACAAAAUGUUGAAGAAUCUUUUUCUUCAAUUGCCAAAGAUAUCUAUCAAAGCAUUGCUGAUGGGAAAAUCAAGGUUGAGGAAGGGUGGGAUGGUGUCAAAUAUGGAUUUGCAAGACCCAAGGAAACAGUACAUCUGGCAGAAGGAGAGCCAGAGAGUGGAGGUUGUUGUUGAAAAGGAAUUUCCUGUCUUGACACAAGAGAUAAUGUCUUUCUGAUUUUUGAAAACAUGAGUGAUCUAUAUCAAGAGAUAUAGAAAUGAUUUUAUUGUGUUUUGUGUGCUAUUAUUAGUUAUAAUAAUUAUUGUCAGCUUUGAAUAUUAUAUCCUUCAGGCUGAUAUAAACACUUAUUGUGAUAAUAUUCCAACGAUAAACCAUCUCAGCGACUCAUUUCACCCCACAUAUUUAUUAUUAUAUAACUGUAUGACUGUUUAUAAUGUUGAUUUAUUAAUGUAAGCCUAAACGCAUAGAAUCAUUGUACUAUUUGUUACUUUUCAACCACACUCAGCACGCUGCAUGUAUUAAAGGGACAGGUUUGCCUAUUUUCGGAGGUUGAUUUGAGUCUUAAAUAUAUCUAAAUAGUCUUUGAAAGUUCUAGAAAUAUACGAAAAUAGCAAAAUUCCUUUAAAAUACUACAAACUAGGAAUUUUAUUCUCUAUUACUAUAUAUGUUUUUUACAUAUCACAAUAUGCAUGGAUUUGAAGGCUCAAAAUUCACUAUUACUACUGAACUUAGGUAAAAAAUUUCAGUUUUUGUGACUAAAGUACGAUUGCUCAAAGAAAAUGGCGAACCUGUCCUUUUAAGAUAACCAUGAGGUUGCAGUUUAUGAAGUUGUCUAAACUUAUCAAAUAUUGUAACUGAUUUUAUCAAGUAUAUAUAAUAAUGGCCUACAGGGUUUGACACAAGUUAAUAACUUUUACUUUUUUUCUGCUCCUCAAUGGGCCAAAGGCAAGAUAUAGUAAAAGUAAUAUGUUUCAUUUAAUUUCUGUAUUUAUCAUUAUAUAUCAAAGACAUUUACAAAUGUAUAUAAAUGCCUACACUUGAAUGACUAAACAUUAUCUGAGCAUGUUACCUUUGUACAAAAAGAUAACAAUUUUUGGUCACCUUUCAUAAAAUUAAUGUUGGCAAGAAAGAAGCAAUUUUCGUGAUAAUAUGGGGGUUUUUAACGACAAAGUUACUUAAAAGGUUUAUUUAAAAUUUUAAACUACUGUUGC